ACACUUGCGUCUGCACCGCGGUGCGCUUCUUUCAUAACACGCACGAAAAUCCGAUUUCAGUCGGCGAAAAAAAACUAAAAAUUGUGCAUUUAAAAUGUUAAAACAAGUGCUCCGCGUUCCACCACCGUUCCGGUGGACACCCAUCCGGCGCACCUUCCUGUCGGAUGCCUUCCUUUGCCGCGAUUCGUGGCAGUCCCGGCUCACCACUCCGAUCCUGGCCAAAGUGAACCACGAAGCGCUGUACUACGAGCUGGAGCAAAAGUUCCAGCAAAAGGCCAAAGUUUCCGCGAUCGACAUCGACAUCUACGCGAACAAGCUGGUGGACGACACGCACAUCGACGAGGUGGCCGAUUUGAUGUACAAGUUCCGGCUGACGGAGGAAACUUCGCGCGGGUUGCCGUCGACACAGCACGCGAUUGCGCGGACCUACAUCGAGCACAGCCACUAUGGCGAGCUGAUUGAGAUGCUGGACAACCGGAUCGGGUACGGGGUGUUUUUGGACGAGUACACGGCCAAUUUGGCGCUCGAUCGGCUUGUGACGACGAACGAGUUCAAGUGGGGGGCGCGGGUGGCGACGUUGCUGGCGCUGCAGGAGGAUUUCAGCAAUCCGAUCACGAGGUCACUGGCGACGUACGCAUGCUACCGGUACGUGAAGGGUGGUGAGAUUGACCACUUUGACGAUUUGAAGCCGGCGCCGGUGCCGGUGGAGGGCGAGGUGAAGAAGAAGAAAAAGGAGGAGAUCAAGGUGCGGGUCAAGUUUUUGCGGAAUCCGUACUUUGAUGAUCAUUUUGAUUUGAGGGAUUCGAAGCAGCUGCUGGGGAAGACGUUGUACGUGUUGGGGCUGAACAGCGAGGUGGCGGUCGUGGCGAAUAGCUGCAAACUGCUUGGGCUGGUGCUGUAUGGGAAGUACGAGCAGGCGGUGGAGUUGAUUGGUGGGGGUGGUGAAGUCAGCGGCGAGAUCGUUGAGCUGGCGAAGGGCUACCUGGGUCAGGUGGAGAACCAGGAGGAUGAGAGCGUAAGGAAGCUGGUUGAUGCGAUGCAGGGCUUGGGGAAGGUCAGCAACGACAGCUUCGAGAAGGUGCUGCUGGACGCGAUCAACAAGAGUGUGGCCGAGCAUGAAACGCCGCAGAUUGAGGCACAGAAGAAGAUCUACACCGAGUGGUGCGAGUUGCGCCAACAGCGUCUGGACGAGGAAAUGGCCCGGUUGCAGCGUGCGCGCCGUAUCCAGGAACUCGAGCGGGUUGGCCGCGAAAUGGAGCAGGAAGAGCAGAAGCUGUGGUUCUUCGAGAACGAGGACAAGAUCGAGCUGCAGAUCGACAGCAAAAAGGUGUUCUACCCGAAGCGGUGGUUCGGCAAGAAGAAGAAGCCGCGCGUCAUCGACGAGGGUUACGUUCCGCCGGAGGUGCGCCAGCGGCAGAGUCAGCAGUGAGAAUUAGUUUAGGGUGAUGUUCUUUCGUUACGGAGUGUUCACACACACGCGAAUAAAGCUUUCCAUUGGGCACUUUAA